GAUUUGUGUGUGUUUUUGUGUGUGUGUGUGUGUGUCCGUGUGUGUGUGUUUGUGAGUGAGAGUUCACGUGAGUGUGUCAAUACCCCCUGAAAAGGUAUAUAAUAAUAUCUUCCAGCGUUGUUUUCUUAAAAGGCGUUCCUGACACAUGCGUAACGGCCCAACCUCUUUUGCUCCGGUGUUCCUUCUACCCCAAUUUACUCCUGUCGCUCUCACACACUCCUCUGAGAUCAUGAAAUCAUCGCCGACGUGCUCUUUAUCAGAUCAAAAAACCGCGUCGGCGUUGGGAGACUUUCAGACCCUUGUGUGCGUGUGUGUGAGUCGAAAAGGACGCACAACAAAGGCGACGCCGUGUAGCCUAUUGUUGGAUGGUUAUAAAUAUUACGUCCAUUUGCUGACAGGUGUGACACAUUGACGGGACGGUCCCAGACAAACCAACAUGAUCAAUCGCCGCCACCCUACAGCAGCACCAGUGUGUGGAUAACACUUCCCGAAGGACAGGAGCAAGGCAGGCAUGUGCUGAACAACCCCGGGUCCUCCGGUCCACCUGAAUGGACCUCAAGCUCCGAAACCCCGGGUAUCGUACCCCGGGAACUCCUCCAAUCAGUGACCGCAUGCAACGCGGCUCACCCGCCUGCUCCCCGGCCAACUCCCUCCUCGUCAACGGAGAAAACCAGAUCGACUUCUUCCGCAAGCUGGGCUACUCCGCGGCCCAGGUGCGCGCCGUCAUGAACAAGUUCGGCGCGGACACGGACCGGGUUCUGGGGGAGCUGGUGCGGACGGGGGCGAGCCCCGAGGCGCACGAAGAAGAGACGGUGCUGACCAGGACCUCCAGCCCCAGCAGCAGCAGCUGCGUGUCUGAGCCGGGGACCCGUAGGGGCAGCAGCAGGGAUCCAGAGGGCCCCGAGUUCCAGGAGGAGGGGGGAGAGAGCCUCGCCGAAACGCUGAGGCCCAUCGUUAUCGACGGAAGCAACGUGGCCAUGAGCCACGGGAACAAGGAAGUGUUUUCCUGUCUGGGGAUUCAGUUGGCUGUCAACUUCUUCCUGGAACGAGGCCACUCGGACAUCAUCGUCUUCGUGCCGUCGUGGAGGAAGGAGCCAUCGCGCCCAGAUGUCCCUAUCUCAGACCAGCACAUCCUGCGCGACCUGGAGAAGAAGAGGAUCGUGGUGUUCACGCCGUCCCGCCGCGUGGCGGGGAAGCGCGUGGUGUGCUACGACGACCGCUUCAUCGUCAAGCUGGCGCACCAGUCGACGGGCAUCAUCGUGUCCAACGACACGUACCGCGACCUCCAGGGAGAGAACCCCGAGUGGAAGCGCUUCAUCGAGCAGGGUCUGCUCAUGUACUUCUUCGUCAACGACAAGUUCAUCGUUCCAGAUGACCCCCUGGGUCGCCACGGCCCCACCCUGGACAACUUUCUCCGGAAGGUUCCAAAGAUGGCCAAGAAACACCCCUGCCCGUAUGGGAGGAAGUGCACCUAUGGGAUCAAGUGUAAGUUCCUCCAUCCAGACAGAGGCCCCCAGUCCAACCUGGCCCUGGCCGAUGAACUGCGGGAGAGGGUCAAGUCCCCGUCGUCCCCCCACAGACCCGGGUCCCUCUCCUCUGGGGGCUCUCUGGCCUCUGGGUCGUCCCAGUGCCUCUCCCUGGAGGAGGAGAUGGCUCAGAAGCUCUCCCUGCACCACCGGCCCAGCAGCGCCUCCAGGAAAGGCCCCGUGAGUGAAAACGUUGUGGUCAACGGAGGUGCCCCGAGCGGCAGAAGACAGCCCGCCAGGAAGGAGAAGGCGUGCCCGCCGCCUCCUAGUGACAGGGAGCCCCUGAGGUCCACUGGAUCCCAGGUACAGCUGGACUCCGGACUGGGCUCCAUAGAGAACCAGUCCACCGACGUUUUCUGGGAACACGGGGGCUGGCGCUACGGGGAGGGCUACGGGCUUAGCCACCCGGUGCUUGGCCAAGAACCCCAGUACUACCCGGCGAACAUGCGGCCAUGCAGCUGCUGCUCGCACCCGCCCCCAUCCCAGGCGAACCCCGCCAGCACCUCCACUCCCCACCACCACCCCCACCCCCACCACCACCACCAUCCUUUUCAGAAUCACAGCAUGGGGCCGCCCGCCGGUGCCCACACCCCAGACCCGAUGGCCUACGGCCCUCCCCGUUACCUCGGAUACGGUGGGACCCCGUAUCCGAGGAGCAUGCACGCGCACAGCCACCCCACGGACCUCCAGAACCGAAUGGCCUUCCAGCCCGCGGAGGCGCACUAUUGGUCGGAUCCGUACUCGCCGACGGGUCCGUACACCUUGCCUGGAGAGAGGCCCGCCCCCUGGGGCUACCACCAGCCCCCGGCGCCGCCCAGCCCGCCCGGUGGCGGGAGGGAGACGGUGAGGAAGAAGCUCCUGGCCAUCUUCAACAGCCGGCUGGUGGACCAGGCCAUGGAGAUGUACCCCCACGUGCUGGAUGCCCAGGUGCUGGCGGCCGAGAUCAUCAUGCUGCAGGGCCAGGAGCGGGCCAGGAGAUAGGGGUCUCAGGACUCGGGGGGUCCCUGGUCCUCAUGGGAGCCACAGGCCGUACGAGCCUCGGUUACAAAGCUGUCGUUUGUCGUCACUGUAUCGUGGCGAAAUGUGUUAUGUAUUAGCACUGCACACCGGUUCCACUUGGAACGAAUUUAUGUUGUUAACUAUAUUAGAUUACAGGUUGUCCCCCGGGGAUCGAGGGCCAUAUGAGUCGACUGUUGAUGCAAAUUGUAUCUUUAAUUGGGGGCCGAGUGCCAAGUGGGUUUAGGAACUCCUUGGGGUUCAGGAGGAAGGAGGAAGUAUUCUGACAUUUGUAGGCAUGUUGCCCAAUCGAGGAACGUUUGAAAGGGUUGCCUUACCCUUUGACACAUUUUAAAUGUUUUGCGUUUGAUGGAUUAGCUAGUCAAGUUGAGUCCUCUUUAUUUGUAUGGCUAUUCUCCAAUGCCCGUUGGGACAUUGAAGCCGUUUGUGUUCACUGUGUAUGUAAGGGCCCUUGUCCUUGGAUUAUUUGUAAUGUUAAGUGUGGUAGCCUCCAGUUUCAACUUGGUACGUUUUUAGCUUAUUUAGUUUGUUGUACGCAUCGUGGCUGAACUCUGUGAACCCCUGGAAGACAGGACACAGUGUCCACACACCUGCACAUUCUCACCCUUCCCUGUUCCCACAAAAGGCGUGUCUGUACACACAAUCACACAAUCCCCCCCCCCCCCCCCCCACACACACACACACCUUUAAAUAAUGUCUACUCCUAUGACUCUUCUUUUAUUCCAGUUGUGACAAACACCUCUUCUUGGGUUCCUACAUUCUGGUUUGGUCCUGUCAGCAUGUGACCGGGCCUUCCUUACUACUGCAGGCUUAUACAUUGUUUUUGUUUUUAUAACAUACUCAAUAAAUGUUUUUUAAAUUAUAUUUUCUAUUUUUCAUUUAAGUUUGUCAGUUUUCACUA